AUGGCCGGAGGGAUUGACACCUUGCAAUCCCUGUACUCGCGGUCGGGGAGGUCGUUUUCCGACAGCCCUUCUUCAAAUGCAGCGGGUGGGUCUCGUCGUACUGCUCGACGAGACCAAGGACAUCAACAAUCAGCUGGGCACGAGGCUCCCAGCUGUCCCACGCCGGUGGAUAGCCACGCCAGCGGACGAGGUAACUCGUCCGGACGCCAUUCACGUUGCGUUGGUUUAAAAUACGCUCCAACAGAAAGCGUUGAUCACCGCCAGAAUCCACCAAAGGAUGUGGUGGCGGUAGGAACACCUGAUCCGGCUCGAGGGUCGGAUCAACUUGAUGAUCAAGAGCUGAACCGUCUAACGGAACAGUUGCAAGAUGACCUGGAUCGUUAA